AACUGAUAACUUUAAUUUUGUCUUUUAAAUUAGAAAUCGUAUUGGAGCUCUUCAAUAUGGGUGGCUGGUGGCCGAAAUAUCCAUGCGGCUUGCAAGGAAAAAGGCUACACCUCCAUUGCCACAGACUCUAAUCGCCUUAGCAGAUUUUUUAGACAUUAACCCUGACCGGUACAAAUGUUGUGAACGGCCUUUUUACCAAGAAAGAAUUGUUGAUGGACUUGGAAAAUGUUCCAUAAUAUUUGGUUGUGAAGAACUGGUUAAUGGUGUAAUUCGACUUGGUGGAAAUGAAUUGCAUACAGAUGCUACAUUUAAAGUAGUACCAUCUAAACCAAAAAGUCGACAAAUCUUCAUCAUGCACAUUAUUAUUCAAAACCAUUCCAUCCCUAUUAUGUAUGCAUUAAUAUAAUCAAAAACUCAAGAAGCCUAUAGACUAGUACUUGAAAAAUGUAAAUCGCUGUUCCCACAAUUGGCUCCCAUCAUAAUUAUGACAGAUUACGAGAAAGCAUUAAAAAAUGCUUUUUUAUCUGUUUAUCCUAAUGCAAACUUAUAUUCUUGUUGGUUUCACUAUGUACAGAGUUUAAUGAGAAACAUUCGACGAAAAGGCCUAACAACCUAUUUAAAAAAACUCUCAUGAGGCACAAAUGUGUGUAAAAAUGUUUGCCGCAUUGGCACUUCUUCCAGCAAAUCUAAUUGAAGAAGGCUAUCAAUGUAUACGGCAACAUGCAAGGAAUAAUAAUUUACAACUAACUCCAUUCUUCAAUUACUUUAACAGCUUUUGGUUACGGAUAGUAGGCCCAGAAACAUUUUCUGUUCAUGGAAUCGCUAGGAGAACAAAUAACAAUGUUGAAAAUUUCCAUGGACGUUUAAAAGAAAAAUUUCAGACUUCCCAUCCAAACCUAUGGACAUUUUUAAAACAUUUGAAUGAACUAAGUUUAAAAAACCACAUUACCAUUGCACAAUUAAGUCAAGGUCAAAAAGUAUCCAGACCAGUUAAAAUAAAAUACAUUGCCAAUUCAGAACGCAUAAAAAUUGCAACUGCACAAUUAAAUCUAGGAACAAUUAAUGUGUCUGAUUUUUUAAUUCAAUGUUCCUAUACCGCAGAGACUUAUAUUCGAGAAGAAUUAAACUGGUACACUCUUGUCGAACCUAACCUUAUAGUUGAUAAUGAUGAUCUCACACAAUCGGAUGGAGAUGAUAGUGUAUCGGUCGCUGAAGAUAUUCCUCACCCCGUUGUAAAUUUUGAUGAUCUCACACAAUCGGAUGGAGAUGAUAGAGUAUCGGUCGCUGAAGAUAUUCCUCACCCCGUUGUAAAUUUUGCUCAUCCCACACAAUAUGAUGGAGAUGAUAGUGUAUCAGGCACUGAAGACAAUAAUCAAGUAGCUGUGGAUUCUGAUGGUAGUGGAGAUUUAUUUAUUACCAGACAUGUGCAAGCUGUGAUAAGGAAUGAAGAUGAUUUUAUACUUGAGGAAGAAUUAGAUCCGGAUAUGGUCAACAUGAUGGAAAUAGAUAAUCGGAGACGAGAAGUAGAGUUACAAAAUAUUCCUUUUGUGCAAGUACCUAUAAAUCUUCCUUUGCCACCAAACAGCAAUAUAUGUGUAGUGUGCAAAGAUUUAGAAAGAACACAUGCCUUGAUCCCAUGUGGCCAUAAAGCAUUAUGUGGUAAUUGUGCCGAAUUGUUGCACCCAAAGCGUUGUCCAUUGUGCAAAGCGAAUUUCAGUUCAACUCUACGUAUUUGGUCAUAAUGUUCACUGUUUUUAAUUUUUCUAAUAACUACUACUAUAAUUUGAUUUUUAUAUUAAAUAAACAUUCAAAUUUUAUUUUGUACCAUUAUUUUCCAUUUUUUUUUUUUUUUUUGUAUAGAACAAAAAUGUAAAUAUAGGUAAUUUUUUAAGUAUAGUAUAGCUGUAACUGUUGAAAGCAGGGUUCACAUGUUACACUAUUAAUUUCAUAACUAACGCAAUAUAUAGUACACUAUAUAUACUUACAAGUGUACUAAACAGUCGUUAAGUCGUACACCAUGUGAGUGAGUUAAACUCCUUUAAAACUAUUUUUUUUAUAAUAUAAUUGUAUAUAAUAUAAUUGUUUAUAAUAUAAUAUACACUUUUGUUAGUUGGUGUUGAAAUGUAUUAUGAUUAAUGAAUAUGUCUGUAAAAUAAAUACAACUAAGUUAAACACAA